AUGGCUGCUGCAAGUGACAAGGCACGAUUUUUCCUCGAACAGUCAGUACCAGAGCUGAAGGAAUACGAACGCAAAGGCAUCUUCAGCGCCGAGGAGAUUACCAGCAUUGCCCGCAAACGAUCCGACUUUGAGCACAAGAUUAACGCCCGGGGAUCAACGCCCGCCGACUUCGCUCGCUAUGCUGAGUUCGAGAUGAAUGUUGACGCCCUCAGGCGCAAGAGAGUCAAGAGAUUGGGGAUCAAGUCCACAGCGCACAAUGGCAGGCGUCGCAUCUUCUUCGUCUUUGAUCGCGGCACUCGCAAGCAUCCCGGCGACAUCGGUCUUUGGAUGGAGGCAAUAGAUUUUGCGAGGAAGCAGAAAGCAUACAAAAAGUUGCAGGAAAUGUUGACACAGGUACUCCGGUUACAUCCUACAAAGUCCGACUUAUGGAUCCAUGCCGCCCAGUAUGCGAUGGAAGAGAAUGGUGACGUUACUGAAGCAAGGAGUUACAUGCAACGUGGUCUUCGAUUUUGUAAAGGUUCAAGAGCCAUGUGGCUGGAAUAUGCGAGACUGGAAAUGUCUUACAUCGCAAAGAUCCACCUCCGUCGAGAAGUCCUAGGGAUCAACCCCGGCAAUACCGAUCAACCAGGACCAUUAGACCAAGGCGACGCAGAUGAGAAUUCUCUCCGCUUCCCGAGACUCACGGCUAUGGACAUAUCUCCCAACAGCGAGCACGACGAUGUUGAUACCGCUGCGCUCCAGAAGCUGGAAUCCACCCCCGCAAUGAAUGGCGCCAUUCCGGUAGCAAUCUUCGACGCUGCGAUGGCCCAAUUCCAUGACACGAAGUUUGGGUGGGACUUUUUCAAUAUGCUUCUCGAAUACGAUGAGAUUCCAGCUUGCGGCAAAGUUGCAGACCACGUGGCGACAUUCCUGCUAAAGGAACACCCUCAGAGUUGGAGCAGCCAGGCAUGCCAUAUACAACUACCGCUUGUCUCGAUAUCCCCCACUUCUCCCAAUUUCCCGUCAGCUCUCAGAAAUAUGCUGGCGCGACUGAAGGAAGCUCGCAGAAAGUCCAACAGCCAGGAAUUGGUCGGCUGGGCCAAAGAAUCGCUUGGGAAGAUCCUUCAAACCUCGGAUCUGGAUCCAGCAAUUAGGACAGUGGUGGAUUCUGUUAUCAAGUCCUUGGGCGUGCCUGAAUCGGCUUAA